AUGGGACAGACUGUGGCGACCCCCUUGACUUUGACUUUGGAUCACUGGAAAGACGUAAGGACGACUGCCCACAAUUUAUCAGUCGAAGUACGCAAAGGCAAAUGGGAGACUUUCUGUUCGUCCGAGUGGCCCACUUUCGGAGUGGGCUGGCCCCGGGACGGCUCGUUUCAUCUCCCUCUUAUUUUGCAGGUCAAGUCCAAAAUAAUGGAUCCGGGACCCCACGGUCACCCGGAUCAAGUUCCUUAUAUCAUCACUUGGGAAGAAUUAGCCAGGGACCCUCCUCCCUGGGUCAAGCCUUUUGUUUCCAGCGGUCCUUCUGCCCCUCCCUUGCCCCCUCCUUUAACUCCUUCCAGGUCUAGCCUUUACCCCGUGACCUCUGGAUCAUCUCCCGCGACAGGAGAUCAGACUCAGAAGAAGAGACCGCCAGUUUCAGUUUUGCCACCGGAGGACCGGCCCCUCCUUGAUUUAUUAACUGAAGAACCUCCCCCCUACCGAGAACCAGGGGGAAUAGAGGCCCCGGGAGCAGGGGAAGCGGCCGCCGCCGAGGCUGCCGUCCCGCCCGAGCCAUCCCCGGUGGCCGGUCGUUUAAGGGGACGGAGGGACCCUCCCCCCCCCCCCCCCGAUUCCUCUACUCAGGCCUUCCCCCUCCGCGUGGGGGAAGAUGGGCGGCCUCAGUAUUGGCCUUUCUUGGCGUCAGAUCUCUACAAUUGGAAAAAUAAUAACCCCUCGUUCUCUAAAGACCCCUCUAAAUUAACUGCUCUCAUUGAGUCUAUUCUAGUGACACAACAGCCAACCUGGGACGAUUGCCAGCAACUCCUCCAGGUGCUCCUGACUACAGAGGAGAAACAGCAGGUGAUGCUUGAGGCUCGCAAAAAUGUGCUUGGGGCCAACGGCCAACCUACCCAACUACCUAAUGAAAUUAACAGUGCCUUUCCCUUAGAGAGGCCGGACUGGGACUUUGCUACAGAGGAGGGUAAGAACCACCUACGACUCUAUCGCCAGUUGCUCAUGGCGGGUCUCCAUGGGGCCGCAAGGCGACCCACCAAUUUGGCCCAGGUCAAGCUAGUUGUUCAGAGACCGGAUGAGACACCCUCCGCUUUCUUAGAGAGGCUAAAAGAAGCCUUCCGGGUGUAUACGCCUUAUGACCCAGAAGACCCGGCACAGGCCACCAAUUUAGCCAUGUCCUUCAUUUGACAGUCGGCUCCAGAUAUUAGAAAGAAAUUGGCAAGAUUGGAAGGGUUGAGAGAAAGUUCUUUGCAGGAUUUAUUGAAGGAGGCGGAAAAGAUUUAUAAUAAGAGAAAAACUCCAGAGGAGAGAGAGGAGAGGCAGAAGAAGGAAGCGGAAGAAAGAGAGGAGAGUCGCAGGAGAGAGGAACAGGGAAUUAGUAAGAUAUUGGCCACUGUAGUGACAGGACAGCGACAGGACAGACAGGACCAGGGCAGACACAGGGGGCCUCGACUGGACAAGGACCAGUGUGCUUACUGCAAGGAAAAAGGACACUGGGCUCGAGAUUGCCCGAGGAACCCUAAGAGCAGACAGCCGGAGUCCCGAAUCUCCCUGUUAAAUUUAGGAGAUGAUUAGGGAAGUCAGGGUCAGGAGCCCCCCCCCUGAACCCAGGAUAACCCUCUCCGUGGGGGGGGGGGGCAGCCCGUCACCUUUCUGGUGGAUACUGGGGCCCAACAUUCGGUCCUGAACUCCCAGCCGGGCCCACUCUCAGGCAAAUAUGCCUGGGUCCAGGGAGCCACCGGAGGAAAGCGAUAUCACUGCACUACGGAGCGGCAAGUACACCUCGCCUCCGGUAAGGUGACGCACUCCUUUUUACAUGUCCCUGACUGACCUUACCCAUUGCUGGGGAGAGACCUUCUGACUAAGUUAAAGGCACAAAUUUAUUUUGAGGGGCCCAGAACCCGCAUAACUGGACCCCGAGGGCAGCCCCUCCAUGUGCUGGUCCUAAGCUUAGAUGAAGAAUAUCGACUUCACGAAGCUGAUGUUCCAAGUACAGCGCCAACAGAGUGGCUCACCAGAUUUCCCUUGGCAUGGGCCGAGACGGGAGGAAUGGGACUGGCGCUCCGCCAGACCCCUUUGCUGAUUCCGCCCAAGGCGACUGCUAGCCCCGUCUCCAUAAGGCAAUACCCCAUGUCACAAGAGGCUUAUCAAGGAAUAAGACCCCACAUAAAGAGGCUAUUAGACCAAGGGAUCCUUGUGCCUUGUCAGUCGCCCUGGAACACCCCCUUACUCCCGGUUAAAAAGCCGGGCACUGGAGAUUAUCGCCCAGUACAAGACCUACGAGAAGUCAAUAAACGGGUAGAAGAUAUACACCCGACCGUCCCUAAUCCCUACAACUUACUGACCGGGCUACCACCAACCCAUACGUGGUACACAGUACUAGAUUUAAAGGAUGCCUUUUUCUGCCUACGGCUCCACCCAAACAGCCAGCUGAUUUUUGCCUUUGAAUGGAGAGAUGCUGAUUUAGGGAUAUCGGGACAAUUGACUUGGACCAGGCUUCCCCAGGGUUUCAAGAAUAGCCCCACCCUGUUUGAUGAGGCAUUGCACAGAGACUUGGCUGACUUUAGAGUGCAACAUUCCAAAUUGAUCCUCUUGCAAUAUGUAGAUGAUCUCCUACUGGCCUCCGAGACAGAGCAGGGUUGCCGGAAAGGCACAGCGGCCUUGUUAGAGACCCUUGGCGAACGGGGGUACCGGGCCUCAGCUAAAAAGGCCCAGAUUUGCCAGCAACAGGUGACCUAUUUAGGCUACCAAAUUAGGGACGGGCAGAGGUGGCUGACUGAGGCCAGAAAACAGACUAUCCUCCAAAUUCCUGCACCAAAGAACCCUCGACAAUUGCGGGAGUUCCUGGGCACGGCUGGCUUCUGCCGCUUAUGGAUCCCUGGGUUCGCUGAGAUGGCAGCCCCCUUAUACCCGUUGACCAAACAAGGGACUCUGUAUAUGUGGGCAGAAGAACAGCAACAGGCUUUUGACGCAAUUAAAAAGGCGCUGUUGACUGCCCCAGCUCUGGGAUUGCCAGACUUGACUAAACCAUUUGAAUUAUUCGUAGAUGAAAAAAGGGGAUAUGCAAAGGGGGUCCUGACUCAGCGUCUUGGGCCCUGGAGGAGGCCGGUGGCAUACUUGUCCAAGAGACUGGAUCCUGUUGCUUCCGGAUGGCCUCCCUGCCUGCGCAUGGUGGCGGCCAUAGCCACCUUGGUCAAAGACUCGGGUAAACUCACUAUGGGGCAACCCAUUGUUAUUCUUGCCCCCCAUGCCGUUGAGGCCGUGGUCAAGCAACCUCCCGACCGAUGGCUCUCUAACACCCGGAUGACACAUUAUCAGGCCCUGUUGUUAGAUACUGAUCGGAUUCAAUUUGGGCCCAUUGUGACUCUAAAUCCGGCCUCCCUGUUGCCCCUCCCGGGAGACCCCGAGGGCCAUGACUGUCUCCAGAUUCUUGCAGAAGUUCAUGAAACCAGGUCGGAUUUGACGGACCGGCCCCUUCCCGACGCAGACUGCACCUGGUUUACCGAUGGGAGUAGCUUCCUUCUGGAUGGAGAGCGGAAAGCUGGGGCCGCCAUCACCACUACGACCGACGUCAUCUGGGAUGCCACCCUACCACCAGGUACCUCAGCCCAGAGGGCCGAGCUCAUUGCCCUGACCAAAGCACUCUCGUUGGCAAGAGGUAAGAGACUCAAUGUCUACACUGACAGCCGGUAUGCCUUUGCCACGGCCCAUAUUCAUGGAGAAAUCUACCGCAGGAGAGGUCUCCUCACAUCAGACGGAAAAGAGAUUAAAAAUAAGAAUGAAAUUCUAGCUCUCCUCCGGGCCUUGUUCUUGCCUCAACAACUCAGCAUCAUGCACUGUCCUGGCCACCAGGCAGGGGACAGCCCGGUAGCAAAGGGGAAUAGGCUGGCCGAUCAGGCCGCCCGAGCGGCCGCGAUUGGGCAACGGCCUCAAAAACACCAAGAUUUGGUCUCAACAAUAUUGACCGAGUCUACAGACCAAGAAGUGCCCGGGGAUACAGUGGAAGAUAAAGAUUGGGAGUACACCGAGAAAGACUUAGAGAUGCUAAAGAAAAUGGGGGCUUUCCCUGAUGGGAAACGGUGGCUUGUGGGGGACAAAGUUGCCGUGCCGUACAAAGAGACUGGGUCUAAAAAGAUAAAAACCCUAUUGGAAAGAGAAGAAACGGGGUUGUUCCUAUUGGGUAAAAAGCAAGCACUCCAGGACGCCACCGCUGCCUGCCGGGCCUGUGCUCUGGCUAACCUCAACAAGUCCCCAGCAAGUCCAGGAGUUCGACCGAGAGGACACCGUCCUGGAACUCACUGGGAAGUAGAUUUUACAGAAGUAAGGCCUGGCAUGUAUGGCUACAAGUAUUUAUUAGUCUUUAUAGACACCUUUUCAGGAUGGGUAGAGGCCUACCCCACUAAACAUGAAACUGCCAAGGUUGUGACCAAGAAGUUUCUAGAAGAGAUCUUCCCCAGGUACGGUAUGCCCCAGGUCGUGGGAUCCGACAACGGGCCCGCCUUCGUCUCCCAGGUAAGUCAGCAGGUGGCCACUCUAUUGGGGGUUGAUUGGAAGCUUCAAUGUGCCUAUAGACCCCAAAGUUCAGGUCAGGUAGAGCGAAUGAACAGGACCAUUAAGGAGACUUUAACUAAAUUAACGCUGGCAACUGGCACUAGAGACUGGGUAACCCUCCUCCCACUGGCAUUAUAUCGGGCCCGGAAUACUCCCGGCCCAAAUGGACUCACACCCUUUGAGAUACUAUACGGGGCACCGCCCCCAAUUGUACAUUUCCUUGAUUCUGAUAUUGCUUCUUUUGCCACCAGUCCCUCACAGCAAGCACACCUGCAGGCUUUGCAAAUGGUCCAGAAUGAAGUCUGGAAACCAUUAGCCGCUGCCUACAGAGACCAGCUUGACAAACCUGUGUUGCCUCAUCCCUUCAAAAUUGGAGAUUCUGUGUGGAUCCGCCGCCACCAGACUAAGAGCCUUGAACCUCGGUGGAAAGGCCCAUACAUCGUGCUGCUGACCACUCCAACAGCCAUAAAGGUGGACGGAAUCGCCGCCUGGGUCCACGCAUCCCACGUGAAGGCUGCACACCCCACCGCCUCUGAAGACACCCCCAGACAACAGCCUGAGCCGGCGGCAACAUGGAAAGUUCAUCGUACCCGAAGUCCCCUAAAGAUAAGAUUGUCCCGCUGUUGA